UAUCAACUGUGUUUGUUUAAGAACAGAAGUGCCUCAUACACCCUUAAUCCCCUCCCGUCAUUGGAGUCUUUGUCGACAGAGCAGAGGCUGCGAAAUGAGGGUCGUGCUAGCGAGGAUCUUCAGCCGCUUAUAUCAUGGACAACCAGUGACAUUUAACACACCAGUAAGGUGUGGUGUACCGAGAGGACUUGUGCUGCAGAAUUCUGCUAAAGUCAGCCAUCAUGCGGGAGAGUGUUCAUUCUCUUCGUCUUCGUCAGGCAUCCUACGGAGCCCUUUUCCUGACGAGGACAUCGCGACGGACCCUUUGGCCGAACACCUGCUUCACCGUUUCUACUCCCUGGGAGAUCUGGAUGCCUUGGUCGACUACGACACAAAAGAGGCCUUCACCUUCUCAGAGCUGUCCGAUGCCGUCGUUGCAGUUGCUAGCAGCCUCACGAAAAGGGGAUACGUUAAAGGCGACGUCAUCGCUGUCGUCACACCAAACAACGUCCACAUAACAUCAUUAGUGCUCGGCGUAUCAGCAAUUGGAGCAACAGUGGCGAUGAUCGACCCGACGUCAACUCCAGAGGAGAUCUCCCGUCAGCUCCAUGACUGUGGCGCCAAGUGUGUGGUCUGCAGCCAGCCUCUCGUUACACUCGUCAAGAACAUUUCUCAAACACAUGGCAUCAAGGAUCUGUUUGUGUUGGGUGAUGCUGAGGGAGUGACAUCAUUCUCCACCCUACUGGAAGAUGACGGCCGGAUGUUCCGUGAUGACAUCGUCAUCAACCCCGACAACGACGUGAUGGGACUCUUCUACACCGGCGGCACCACGGGGCCGCCUAAGUCGGUCAUGCUCACCCACAGUAACAUAGUGUCUGCUCUCCAUCAGAUAAGAGUUCCCGUUCACGUCCGGACAGGCCUGGAGAAGGUGUUGUCAGUCACGCCCUCUCACCACAUCUACAGCCUCGUGAUGGCUCAUCUUGGCGUUCUCCAGGAUGGAGGGAUGAUUGUCAGUCUACAACAUCCUAACCCCCACCACUGUCUACAGGCUGUUGACACAUAUGGGAUCACCCGGCUGUACACAGUUCCAUCUACACUCAAACAGUUGACAACUGCCGACCCUGGCUACGACCUCUCGUCUUUGGAGUCGGUAUAUUGUGGGGCAGCCCCCUCAAGAGGACGGUAGCAACAGCGUUCACGGAGAGAUUUGGAAUACGGGUGUACCAAGGGUACGGCAUGACAGAGACAACCGGACUGACACAUGUCGACACAGAGACCGGAGACCCAGUAACAGUUGGGGUGUUGCUUCCCAACACACAGGGCAAG